UCGAUUCCUGUGUGACCGAGUGACAAUGAUGAUCAACAGAGAUGAGAUUAUAGCUGAAGUGACGAAUUCAAUUGCUGCUAGAUUGAAGGUUGAGUUAGAAGCUCCAUUGAAGGAAUUAUUGUUUGGUUUGAAAGCUUCGAGGGAACUUCUAGCUGCUCAGUUGAGGGAUUUGGCUGAUGACGUGAGUAAACUUAAAUCAACUGAAGACUUACUCGAACCCUCAAUUGAAUCUAUACCCAAAUUCGACACUGAUUUGGAAGUCAUUCCUGUUAAGUCAAAAUCAUGGAGUAAUUUCGCUCUCCCUUCUUUAAUUCUAUCAGCAGAUAAAGAAAAUUUUAGAUCUACAGCGAGAACUCAGUUCCCGGAUAGGGAUGAAGCUGGUUUUGAAGUUGGAGUUCAGGAAUACAAUGAUGGUUCAAGCUUUCUAGCAUAUCAAGAAGGUAAACCUUUCAUACUUGGUAAUGAUUUUGUGGUGGAUUUUCAAAUUAAAAGAGAUGAAUCUCAUGAGUUAAAUGAUUUCAAUACAUUAAAUCAGAAUAAUAAUAGAAUUGAGAAUUCGAGUGGGUUGAAUUUUUUGAAGAAACAGUCUUGUGUAGAAGGUUUAGAUUGUUGUCUAGAUUCUGCUCGAAUCUUAUUUGAUCGUGAUAAAGAAAUAAAAUCUGUUGUGAGCUGUUCUUCUUGUGAUAGGAAUAAAUGCAAAUUCUGCAUGACUUCUUAUUGGUUUGUUUGCAAUGGGUUGAUUAUCAUGGAUGAGCAUAAUGAAAAUUCGUCUUACGAGCUGACUUUAGAGCUUGCCGAUGGUUUAGAAUUGUUGUUGGUGAAGUCAAAUGUAUUCUUCUUUGUUUAAAAUGGUGACAUUCAUCAUGCUUGCAAAUUAUCUGGUGAAAUGCUGCAGCAAUUUAUUCUUUUAUGGACUAAUUGGGAUCUUCAAGUAACUGGAGAAAACAAGCACAUGGAUACAAUUGAACUAUUGGAGCAACUGCUUGUGAGAGUUUGCAUACUGCCUACACAUAUGAAAGUAGCUUGGAAGGGGCUCAGGGAAGUAAAGAUAGCUGCAAAAAGAUAUGACAUGCAGAUGGUAAGGAAGCUAAUCAUUCUCAGAAUGCUUAGCCCUUUUGUUUUCUUAUCAAAGUUUGAAUUAACAUGGUCUUCCUUCGAUUCAUGGAGGAUGGGAAAAGAAUAUGGUUAUGUAUUGGUCUCCAUGGGGUUCCUCGAAUACCCCAGCUCUAUUAUUUAUUUUAGUAAAGGUUUGAACUUCAGUUGGGAUGUGAAUCAUCUUCUGCAAGAACUGAAGAAUGAGUUGUAUGUGAAGAUGGAAACAGAUAGAAAACAAUAUAUGUCUUCGUAUGGCUGUGUGGUAUUCAAGCUAAAACCUAAAUAUGUUCCACAACAUUGACUCAUGCUACUUUUACCCAAGGAGUGUAAAAAGGAAACUGUUUUUGCAAGCGAAGUUAACACUAGAGGAGUUAACGGUGGUUUAUCUACAAUUGUCAGAAGUUUACUGUUGAGACUAUUGUGUGAACCAUGGAGGAGUUACAGCAGAGCAGAAUCUUCUGAAUGGGGAUGGGGUAUCCUGAAAAAGGUCGUAGAAGCUGAGGAAAUGGAUGUUGGUACUCUACAUACGGACAGAUUGCAAGACAAGAUGGAAUCCAAAGGACUUGUGAAUGAUGUUGAAAGAGCCUUGUCUGCUAUGGGAAUGAUUGGAUCAAUUGUGCUCAGGUCCACUAUUGAAUUCAUUUUGGAAGUUGGAAAUGAUUCUUGGGUCAUAAAGGGCCAUGACAGUGGGUAUGUAUUGAUUAUCAGUAACUUACGAAAUGGCAGUAGCUAUGAAUCGAUUGUCACUAAGUUACAUCCUAGAAUACCUAGUUCCAUGGUUUGUAGUAAUAAUCCUUGGUGUUCUAGCUGGAAGGAAAUCAUUAUAAGAAUGGUGGGAAUCAAAGAAGUACUUACUGAAGCUAAUGGUGGUGGAAACAGUGUGCAUAUGUGGUUGGAAGAAUUGCUUACACAAGUUGCGAGUAUUCUUUAUCAGGUGGAAGAUGCAGCUGAGUUGUAUUCCUUCAUCGUGACCCAAACAUUCAUUCUUCUGAAAGUUAUGACGGAUAAUUGUGUAGAAGAUUUUAUUAUAACGUUGCAUUUUGAAGAGUAACUAUACUACACUACGUAGCUCAUCUACUAAUGGCAGUACUGGGUUCUCUCUAAAUCUAAGGCACUGGCAGCAAUUAUUUGUAAAAGUUGGAAGAAAAAGUCUUGAGAAGUACGUCAUAGUGCCAGCUGAGUAUUAUGUUGAGAGUACUUAUCACUCAGUGAACCGACUGAACAUCUCCACAUCCAAUGGCUCGACAAUACAAGGGAGAAGUGAGUCUGUCAAGUCCAUUUUGUCACCUAGUGCAUUACUGAAAUGCUCGGCAUACAACGGGAUAUUAGCUCAAGAUUUUCAUCUCCAGGAUUAUUAUGCUCAAGACUGAAGGGGCCAUCGCAGUUCUUGUCACUACAUUACAUGGCUUUCGAAUUAACCUGCUGCACAUCAAAAGCUACAUAAUUUUUAGAAGGUUUUGGCUGGUGGUAUUCAUCACAGUAGCUACCUUUCUACAAGCCAGUACAAGUCACCACUCUUGUACAGCUGGACUAAUGGAAGAAAUUAAUAUAUAUCUACAUCACACGAUGGCCUGGAGACAAUUAAGUCAACAAGCCUCUGUGGAAUUUUUCGAGUAUUUGAUUUUGUAUACACAGGUUUAGGAGUGACUCAGGAAAAUAUAUCCCCAUUUGCACGGAACAACUCUUUUGCUACAACAUGGCUACAAGCAGCUGAAGACUAACAAGGAAGGAGUUAUCUUUCCAAGAAAAGAGUUGCAGGUGGCAGUUUUUGUGUUAGUGGAAACGGCAGGUUUACAACUACAGCUCCACGUGCAAGUUCGUUGUGAAGAAGCUAAUAUGAAGAUGCACGUUCAUACCUCAACUGGUAAUGGAUAAAAGCCUCUUAUGCUGAAAGGUACUCGUACAGUGAUUUGCAAUCCCAUUUGGAAACUAUUAUUCGUAGCUGCAAGUGGUGUCAUUACUAGUAUCUACCCAACCUUCAGUUGUGAAGAUACAAGGCCUGUUCACUAUUGGGAAAUGAUUCUAGGCUCAAGUUCAUUGAUUAUUUCUGAAGGGGACUUGGAUCAAGUUGACAGUGACGCGAAGGAAUUCAGCUUGUUAGGGGCCUUAUUUUCGAAGUUAGGGAAACUGUAUUCAUGUCUUUUACUGUGGUGGAGAAGGAACUGCAACAACUGUGUCCUGAGGUCGAGCUCAUACCAUGUCCUUGAGGACAAGGAUAAUUUGAAGAGGUGGGAAUUUGUCAUGUCCCGGUUAUGGGGUAUCCACUUGUUAAGGGAUGUCUGUAUGGUAAUUAGUAGAUGUAGUAUUAGUAGCGAGCGUGUGAGUGGCAUGUGCCAAUUCAAUAGUUCCAUUUCUCUUAUAAACACUGAACUCCUGUAAUUGAAGGUUAUCGAAUAGAAAUUGUUGUUUGUUCUUCCCCUCA